UUCUGCGCUGAGACUGACAGCACUCUAUUUUUCUCUUUUUGGAUGAUCACACAGCCUAGCAGCCAACUGCUUAGUUUUUCCGACGACAACCAUGAAAUCUAAGCAACGGUCAUGGUCAUCGAUCUUUACGUUUGCUAGUAUACUCUGUCUCGCAAAUGCAUACCCUAAUGCACCUGGUACUGUAUGUACUGUCUCCCCUCCCUCACUCGAGAUUGUGUUUCACAUCAAUCUAGGAACAAGAAGGAAGCUUAUAUUGAAAGAUUUAGUGUAAUCUCGAUCUGAUGGGUACGAUCGGCCAUGGACCGUCCAAGUCGACCUGCAACAAUUGCUACAGCAUCCAAAUCAGUCAAACCACCGACGUUGAGCCGUUUACUAUCAAAGUCAACGGUCGGCAAGAAUAUCAAGGCAUUCUAUUGCAAGUCAAGAACGCAGAUAACCAGACCGUGGGUGAAUUUAUUAACUUUAACGAAGACGAAUAUGCGCCGGUCGCAUGCGAAGAAGAGGUUCCAGAGGAACAAUCCGUUGACUGGGCCGGGUCCAUUGGACACGUCGAUGCAAAGCUCAAAUCGUGGCCGAUAGAGUUAUCAUGGACUUCAGCACGAGACGACGUAUAUAAUUCAAUGUCGAAUGUAUUCCGUGUUCAGGGGAUGGUUGUGAUGGACUACGACAACUAUCAUUUACUACCGGAGUUCUCUUUUACGAUUAAGAAAAGGAGGCAUAUUGACCGUCCUGUGGCACCAUCGCCACCUACUGCAGCAGACAGCACCAUUGCUGCAGAUACUAUGAUUACUACGACUAUUGAUGGUACACUAUCAGAGGCAACAUUAAUACCUCCGGAUCACCAGGCACAACUAGAACAGGAUCCAGAACCCAACGCGCUAUUUAUGCAAGUACUGUGUUGUAUAUUGGCUGUGUAUUUUAUCAUGACAGUCGCACGACGAAGGUGGUAUAUGCGACAUAUGCCGGCCGCAGAUCCUGAAGCUCUCAAAGAAGGUUAAAAGAAGGUUGAAUGCGGGAGAAUUUCCUGUUGUCAUCGGAAGGUUUUAAAAAGCUGGUUUAUCUUUUUGUUGUUACUUUUUCAUUCUUUUAUUUCGCAUCCUA